AUGCGGUGGCUGCUGAGUACAAUGUGCCUUGUCCAUGUAUUUGGAAAUAUAUUUUGUUUGUUUGCAGUAAACAAGAAUCCUGAAGCCCAUAUGAAUGUUAGUGAAAUUGUUACCUAUUGGCAUUAUGAAAGUGAAGAGUAUGAGGUUGUGACUGAGGAUGGUUACAUCCUCCCAAUUAACCGCAUUCCUCAUGGAAAAAACAACAGCAAUAGUCCAGCCCCGAAGAAGGUAGUGUAUUGUCAACACGGCUUGUUUUCAACUGCUGGUGUGUGGGUUUCCAAUCCUCCGAACAACAGCCUGGCCUUCAUUCUAGCAGAUGCUGGUUAUGAUGUAUGGAUGGGGAACAGCAGAGGAAAUACCUGGGCAAAGAAACACUUGUACCUGGACCCAAAUUCUAAAGAAUUCUGGGAUUUCAGUUAUGAUGAGAUGAUAAAAUAUGACCUUCCAGCCACCAUUAAUUUCAUUCUGAAGAAAACAGGACAAAAACAAAUUUAUUAUGUUGGCCAUUCUCAAGGGACGCUUAUCGCUCUGGGAGCAUUUUCGACAAAUCAACAACUAGCUGAAAAGAUUAAACUCAGUAUUUUACUGGCUCCAGUUGCUACUGUUAAAUAUGUCCAAGGUCUUGGGCGCCUUCCAGCUUACUACACUCCAACAGCUUUCAAACUUCUUUUUGGAGAAAAGGAAUUUUUACCAACUGCAGAUUUUAGUAAGAUAUCUGGAUACACGUGCAAUAUUGAAGUAAUCAAUACUGCAUGUGCUGCAUUAUUGGCUUCGAUGACUGGAUAUGCUCCAGAGCAGCUAAAUAAGAGCCGCAUUGAUGUGUAUAUAACACACAGUACAGCUGGGUCAUCAGUUAGAAUUCUUCUACAUUACGGUCAGGCAAUUAAUAAAGGUGUAUUUCAGGCUUAUGAUUGGGGAAGUCGAUCUCUAAAUAUGCUACACUACAAUCAGACAACUCCUCCUUUAUAUAACGUGGAAGCCAUGAAGGUUCAAACUGCCUUGCGGAGUGGUGGGAAAGACAUUUUGGCUGAUCCAAGAGAUGUUGCAAAUUUGAAACCAAAAAUCUCCAACCUUGUUUAUGAAAAGAUUAUCCCUAAUUUUAGUCAUCUUGAUUUUAUAGUGGGAAUAAAUGCUUAUAAUGAGGUGUCUAAGGGUAUCUUAAAACUUCUUGAUGAAUCUGAGUGA